GCUGUAGGUCGGCCGGUGGCGCGCGCGGGCCCAGUGCCGCUGUCGGGUGCGCCAGUGCAGUGCCGGUGCUCGUGCGGCCCUCACACCACUCCAGGGGACACACCAGCGCCGUGCCGCGUCUCCGCGACCCCCGGCAGCUGCCCAGUGAGCCCGGCCGCGGCUGCGUGUCCGCGAUUGGUCGCUGCGAACAGUGUGUGACGUCAUGUUGCCCCAAGGUCACCAAUGGGGCUGGGCGGACCCGACUGCGUGGUCGGCGGCGGCGGCGGCGGCGGCAGUGCAGCGCGGUAUCGGUGACGCCGGAGGUGUGAGGUGCGGGCCGUUCGCCGCCGGUAGACAGCCACUCAGGGGCAGACGGCUCGGAGCGGGACGGGACCGACCCGGUCACAUGGCCAAGAGGGGCCCGAUGUAUCCCGGAUUAAAUCAGGCCGACUUUCCAUCGAUGCUGGAUGAGCGCAUGUACGCCCAGCUCCUACCGCCUGGACCUUCCGUCGAGCACGGCGGCGUGGUCAAAAUCUGCGGCGUCUGCUCCGAUCGCGCCAAGAGUCUGCAUUUUGGCGGCAUGGCCUGCGACUCCUGCAAGGCGUUCUUCCGGCGCAGCGUACAGAACGAGGCGUACAAGCACUUCAGGUGUUCGUACGAGGGCAGGUGUUCGAUCACCAUCACAUCGAGAAAGUGCUGCCAGUACUGCAG